AAAAAAUUUGAAAUGGCCUGACUCCUGAGAGAGAGAGAGAGAGAGCAGAUGUACAUCAGUACAUGUAGAGGCCAGGUUGAGAGGGGAGUGAGUGAUAUUUUUGGUUGAGAUAGUACACACUACACACAGCUCAGCAAGAAGAGAGCAACACCAGCCUGUCCUCUCUCUCUAUAUGAGAAUAGAGAUGAGGCUUGUCCAGUACUCUUAUUCCUCCUCUACCCAGGCCCAGUACUCUUCUUAUUCCCACUUUUCUUUUUUCUCUUCUUCCAAACCCAAGCUCUUCUUCAAAAUACCCCGUUGGCCUCGCAUGGACUCCACUCCUCAUCACCGAAAGACUAAUCAUAAUCACAAUCACAAUAACAAUAACAAGAAGAAGGACAAGAUUGUUGUUAUAAUGGGGGCCACUGGAACAGGAAAAUCCAAGCUUUCCAUCGACUUGGCCACUCGAUUCCACGCCGAGAUUAUCAACUCCGACAAAAUGCAAGUCUACAAUGGCCUCGACAUCACCACCAACAAAAUCCCACUUCACCAACGUUGUGGCAUCACUCAUCAUCUCCUCGGCGAGGUCGACCCAGUCCUCCACGACGACUUCUCACCUCUCGAUUUCCGAAACAUGGCUGGCUCAGUCAUCUCCGACAUCGUUUCCAGAAGAAAACUACCACUAAUCGUAGGUGGCUCCAACUCCUUUGUACAUGCUCUCCUUGUCGACCGGUUCGAUCCCGUAGGUGACUCCAACGUAUUCGACCCCUCGUCCCGCUCCUUUCCCUCCUCCACUUUAAGGUACAACUGUUGUUUCCUAUGGGUCGACGUGUCAAUGAGGGUCUUGUCGGAGUACCUGUCGCUCCGAGUCGAGGACAUGUUCGACUCGGGGAUGUUGGACGAGUUGACCGAGUUUUUCAGCGAGUUUCCCAGUCGCUCCGGGUUGAAGAAAGCAAUCGGAAUACCUGAGUUUGAAAAUUAUUUUAAAAAGUACCCACCACAUGAUGGUGGUGAUCCGGUGCGGACGGAGGAGGCGUAUAUGGACGCGGUGAGGGAAAUAAAGGACAACACGUGUCAGCUAGCAAAGAGGCAGAUAGGGAAGAUCGUACGGCUAAAAGGAGCAGGGUGGGACCUACGGAGAUUAGAUGCCACGGAGGCGUUUCGAGAGGUUAUGUCAAAUUCAAACGUUUCGGGGUCAGAAAUUUGGGAGAGGCAAGUGUUGGAACCAAGCGUGAAGAUUGUGAAGCGAUUCUUGGAGGAGUAGGUUGAAAAUUCCAGCCUUUUACAGCUAUUCAUUUAGGUUUUUUUUUUUUUUUUUUUUUUGGGUUUCUCUCUCUCUAACUCAAACUC